UAAGGGACGGGCACUGGUUGAAUUUGAAGCGUUGGAAGGUACGAACAACUAAAAGCAGUAAGGCACCACCAAACAUCCGCUCCUUUGCCCGCACAGGCCUACCGCUUGUUCCGAAAACGCUAUUCGUUUUGCUUGCAAGUAAAAUUUUAAGUUAAUGGCCAGCAGCUCAGCCGCAAGCUUGGAAGAUGUGCCCUCUGUGAAUCUCAUGACGGAGCUCCUCCGUCGCAUGAAGUGCUCCGCUAAGCCUGACAAGCGCCUCAUUCUAAUCGGUCCUCCUGGAUCAGGUAAAGGUACUCAAUCACCAAUCAUUAAGGACGAGUACUGCUUAUGCCACUUGGCUACUGGUGAUAUGUUGAGAGCUGCUGUUGCUGCUAAAACCCCUCUUGGUGUUAAGGCAAAGGAGGCUAUGGACAAGGGUGAACUAGUAUCUGAUGACUUGGUUGUUGGCAUUAUAGAUGAAGCUAUGAAAAAGCCUUCAUGUCAGAAAGGUUUCAUUCUUGAUGGAUUUCCUAGAACUGUGGUCCAAGCACAGAAGCUUGAUGAGAUGCUUGAAAAGCAGGGAGCUAAAAUUGAUAAGGUACUCAAUUUUGCAAUAGAUGAUGCAAUUUUGGAGGAAAGAAUUACUGGUCGCUGGAUCCACCCUUCAAGUGGUAGAACCUACCAUACAACAUUUGCACCUCCCAAGGUUCCUGGUGUAGAUGAUGUAAGCGGAGAGCCUUUGAUUCAACGUAAAGAUGAUACUGCAGCAGUUCUUAAGUCAAGGUUGGAAGCAUUUCACAAGCAAACUGAACCGGUCAUUGAUUAUUAUAAGAAUAAGGGUGUUGUUGCAGAGCUUCAUGCGGAGAAACCUCCAAAAGAGGUCACAGCUGAGGUUCAGAAAGUGCUUUCCUCAUAAAAUGGGGCCCUUUUUGACUCACAAAAGCAUUAUUUUUCUCGUGAUAUUAAUGGAUUUUUGUUCUUAUGUAUUUUAAACAUACUUUCACACAUGCUGAUCCUUUUGCUUCUGUUUUAUUUUGACUGCAAACACCGGCUAUCCGCCCUUAUUGAGGUAUUUAACUGAGUUCACGUUGAAUAAAGAUGCAGCAACUUUGGUUUUA